UUUUCAGACUCCUCUAACAAGGGACUUGACAAGACGGUCUUCGUUUUUCAGAGGAAAGACCGAGGACUAUUCGGCGUUUUGACCAAUUUCCUAUCACUUUGUACGCCAAGGUCCCUAGGAUGGGAGACCACCGCGUCAUUUUACGUCUGGAAAACUGCUGACGCACCUGUCAGGAGACGAUGAACACGGUCGCUGGGAUGACGUCUGAGACUUUCCCUUAUUUGGAAGACAACCGACAGGAUGAACCGAGGACUAGGCUGAAUUGUCUAUCAGCCGCGCAAAACGUGGACCUGCUCCAGUACCAGGAGACCACGGAGAACCCUCUGAAUUACAGGAAAUACGGGUCUCGCCUGGGCGGGGUCAAAGUCCGCCACAAGCGACAGGUGCUGCAGGACAUGGCCCGCCCGCUGAAGCACUGGUUGUACAAACACAGGGACAACCCGUACCCCACCAAGACCGAGAAGGUGCUGUUGGCGCUGGGCUCUCACAUGACCCUGGUACAGGUGUCCAACUGGUUCGCGAAUGCCCGACGGAGGUUGAAGAACACGGUCAGGCAGCCGGACCUGAGCUGGGCUUUACGGAUCAAACUGUACAACAAGUACAUCCAGGGGAACGCCGAGCGACUGAGCGUGUGCAGCGACGACGCCGACUCAGAUGAUAUGGGGAAAAAAACGGGCGGUGUACUUACCAUGGCCGCCGGCGACGACAGCGCCUCUCCCCCGUCCAAGUACAAGAGCAGCUUGCUGAACCGGUACUUGAACGACACCUUGAGACACAUGAUGGCGGGCCAGGGCGACGGCGUGGCGCUGAUGAGGAGGAACCACUCCGAGUCGUUCAGUUCCAACGAGGGCGAUCGCGACGUCGUGUCGCCGGCGUCCUCCUAUGAGACGGAGACCAACUUUAUCUACCGCAUGGAGACUUUGGACUACACAUCAUGCAGAAGUGAGAGCGGUCAGCAUCAGGACCGAGGUCAGCAGAGUCCACAGAAGCAAGACUGGCGGGAGAUCAACGCCGCCGUGGCCUUGACCAGCCUGGCCCAAGGGCAGAACUGCAGGGCGGACAUCAAGACGGCGCCCGGCGCUGCAGUGGGGCUGAGCUGCGGCGUCUCCAGGACCCCCGCCGCCAUCGCCGCCGUGCCGGGACGGAGCUCCACGCUCACCAGCCGCAUCAUCCAGAGGUCGUCCCACAUCUCCGAGGUGCAGACUAUCAAGGUGGCCUGUGGGAAUCAAACCUGAGGAUAAAAACACGUGCCUUUACAGACUUUGCAGUGACGAGACUGCUUGUAAAAUAUGAAGGAAAAAAAAAAUGUACCUUCUGUUUUGUUUUUUUGCAAUGUUAACUACGUUGGGAUUUUAAGUUAACUUCCGUGAGACUGGAUCAUCUUCCAAUGCCUUCAUUUGACAGCAACUUUACAAUAAAGUCAAUGUGAAAACUUA